AUGACGGGCCAUGCUGAUGCUGUGUCGGGUGAUGGUGACCCUGGCGCGGCCGAACAGACGGCGACUUCUCAGCCGCCCGGCGAUGUGAACGAUGUUGACAGAGUGCAGAAUGCUGGCGGCGAUCACUGGAGUGGCGUGAGUCAGUGGCAGGACUCCACCAGGAACAGUCGUGGGGAGACGACUGGCACGGCUGGCGUGAUACAGACCACGCUGCUGCAUGGGAUCGGCGUCGAAGUUGGGACGCCACCACUGCGGCGACGGCACCCACCAACGAUCGGUGGAGCGGCAGUGGCGACGACCCGUGGUCGUAUGGAAACGACCCUUGGAGCGGAGGACCUCCCGAUGUUCAACAAGUCCGAGGCCACGGAAGGGACGACCAACGAGGAGCUCCCUGGGCGGAUGGGCGAGCAAAUCGGCGACCUGGCAGCGAUUCGGGUGAUCGAGGACCCGGAUCAUGGAAUGGGAGUCACACCUACGACGACGGAGGCCUUGCGUGGGGAGGAUGGUCUCACUACGAGAAUGGAGGCUUCCAGGGUUGCAUCCGAGAAGCUCGCUGUCCCCUCCUUCACGGGUGACGACACCGAUGAUGUGGGCAGUUCUGCCCGAAGCUACUUACGCCAGAUCGAGGCGUGGCGGCGCAUGACCCUUCUUCCGGCCUCUCAGCAGGGACUCGUGCUGUACCAGAACCUGGGCGGGAAAGCUUGGAUUGCCGCGGAGGAGUUGUCAGUGCCUCGGCUUGCUUCUGAAAGUGGAGUUGGUUACUUCGUGUCGUGGAUCAAUGCGAGGCUCCUUGAUCUUGAAGUUGCGAGGAUAGGCAAGGCUUUUUCCGAUUUCUUCAGACGACUCAAGAGAAAGCCGGGGCAAACGAUCAGGGAAUACAACUCCGAGUACGAUCGUUUGCAUGCUCGUCUCAGGGAGGUUGGUUGCAGCAUACCCCAGGAAUGCGCAGCUUGGCUUUAUAUCGACCGCCUCCAACUUGACGAGCCACAGGAACUUAACCUCCUUGCAAGCGUCGGCAACGAGUACAACCUCCACCGCCUUCAACAAGCAGCUGUGUUGCAUGACAGGGGACAUCGCAAACCGUGGGAAUCCUCGAAGUCUCGUAAGCCCUACACUGCCCACAUCACUGAGUCCCCCGACGGUGCCUCCGAUGAUGCUGAUGGUGACCAGGACCUUGACUUGGAAGACGGCGUGCCUGAGGAUGUGGCGGUUGCCUACGCUACCUACCAGAGCGCGAAGGACCGGUACAAGGAGCAUGUCAAGGCCAGAGGGUUCCAAGGCGAUCGCUCGCAAGGGCAAGCGAAAGAGGCUACCAAGAAGGGCGACCAAUCCAAGGACGAAAAGAUCAAGAUCAUGAAAGCGAGGUCGUUCUGCGGCAGCUGCGGCAAGAAGGGCCACUGGCACCGAGAUCCCGAGUGUCCCAAUUUCGGGACGUCGGCGCAAGGAGUUGCGCGGGCAGUGAAGGAGGUCGGUGUUUGCCACCAUGUUCCGGCGGAAGUCUUUACGCUCAAGCACGAUGGGACAUCGCUGCUUGGGAUAACGGACACGGCAUGCGCCAAAGUGGUCACGGGAACUAUGUGGUUGCAGCAGUACAGCGACGUGCUCAAGAGCCUUGGUGGGACGCCGGAGCUGGUCCGUGAAUCCGAGUCUUUCAGGUUCGGCACCGGGAAGGUACAUCACUCAUCCUUCCAUGUGAUCCUGCGCUUCAGCUUGGGGAGCCGCGUGGUUGAGAUGAGGACAUCCGUCAUCAACGGGGACGUGCCGCUCCUGAUGUCGAAGCCGGCUCUGGCUCAGCUUGGGAUGAUCUACGAUGUGGCCGAGAAUCGUGCCGACUUUACCCGUGUCGGGCUCACUGGGGUGGACUUGGUAACUACCUCGUCUGGACACCCGGCGAUUCCCAUAGACUCCACCACGAAGCCUACGACGUCACCUACACCAACCACCGGCACCACCAAGGCUCCUCACUACAAGAUCUUCUACGAUAAGAAACUCAGUCCUGUCGUCAAGGAGUUGCUCACUCAAGAUCGGUUGUAUGGUGUGUCCUUUAUGAACUGGUGGGAGAAGACGAACAUCAAUUCGGACUUUUGGUUGGAAGGGGAUUCGAUCGAGCCGGUGAGGUCCUGCCGCGACGCAGUCUUCGGCGGCAAGACCGGCGACCCCGUCCAGUACUUCACCUACGGCCUCUUUUCCCACGGCGGAGUUGUGGGGCUCACAAGAAGGACCCGUGAGCAGGACAACGUUGUCAGGUAUCUCAACGGCUAUGCAAAGCACCACCUCGGUCCAGAAGCCACAUGGUCGUCGGUGAGUUUGGCCCGCGAUGUAAAGACCGAGGUACAUCACGACUACCAAAACCUUAAGGGCACCUCCAACUACACCGUGAACAUCGGUCAGAAGACUGGAGGAGGAGUGUGGUUGGAAGACAAGGACCUCACCGAGGACAACCUCUCUGGCGGGGUCAAGUGGAGGAGAACUGGGACCGGACAGCGGUUGCCCGGGCGCGUCUACGACGCCCACAACAAGUUCUUCCAGUUCGACCCCUUCCUCAAGCACGGGUCCGAGCUCUGGACCGGGACAAGGUGGUGUAUCACCUACCACACCACCCGCAACCUCUACAAGGCGAGCACCGGCAUGAAGAAGUUUCUCAAAGGGAGAUCGAUCUUCAACAAUGCGGCGAAGAUCGGGGUGAUGCUCGCGACCUUAGUCACCACGGCCGGGAGCUACAUGGCAGAGCACGUGUUCCCCACCGUCGAGGCAAACCCGGUCGUGAUCUUUGAGAUUGGAGGAGUGGACGCGACGCACGAGGCGGCCGCAAUCGGGAAGGAUGUUUUCGAGCCGAUGACAUGGGAGCGAUACCGCUCCCCGGAGGGCAAAGAGAGUGCCUACCACAUCGUCAACGGCGGUGGACCGCGAGAGCUACGCAUCAAUCUUGAAGGAAAGUUCCAGGAGUGCGACGAAGCCCUCCUCGCCUUGAUCAGGCAACAGCUCGAUGAUGGCGGGACCGUGGUCGUGACGGGCGAGAACGAGAAGGUUUUCUUCGUCUUCUUCAAGAACAAGGAGCAGACUAAGGCGGUGCAGUGCGGCGACCGGGUCCAUGAGGUGAAAGUCGUCUCCACCGCGAAACCCAGCGAUGACAAGGGCGACCUUCCUAUGGGUGCGACUGGGAUAUCGUUCGGCAAGGAUACGCCGCGCAACGUUGCGACGGCACUACGGAGACUGCACCAAAACCUGGGACACCCUCGCCAGGAGGAUCUGAUCCGCCACUUGAGACUAGCUAAUGCGGCACCGAAGAUUGCCAGACCGAGUACCAUACCUCCGAUGGCGGACUUCAAUGACACCCUCGGCUUGGCUUUGUUCUUCUGUCACGACACCGACGACGUGAAGCACGCCUUCCUUUCUGUUGUGGACAACGGCACCACCUACCACCUCGCGAUCAAGGUCGAUGGGCAGUCUGCCGAGGAUAUCGAGGCCAAGUUCAACGACAUGUGGCUGAUCCCCUUUGGACCCCCGAAAGCGGUCGUCAUUGACCUAGCAGGCGUCGUCGAGCGACAACAGGCCUGGUGGAAGCACGUCUGGGAUAAGGUCAGCUAUCAGUACGAGGUCGAGCUCGUCGUCCCCGUGAUCAACGCCGCGAAGAAUGACCUGAGGAGGCGCUGCGGCUACAGUCCGUCCCAGUGGGUCUUUGGCAAGGCCCCUCGAGUUCCUGAAGAUCUACAAGACCCCGACGGCGGAGCCCAUGUUCUCUGGGACGUCAGUGAGGAUGCCAAGUACCAGAGGCAGUCCGCGAUGAGGGCCGCCGCCAGGGUGGCAUUCCAUGAGAGCCAAACAGACGGGCGCCUCCGAAAGGCGCUUCUGCAGAGAACGAGGGUGUCUUCUCGACCGCUCGAUGUUGGAGAAAGUGUGCACCUCUGGCACAAACCCAAGAACCGAAGGAGAGGUUGCUGGACUGGACCAGCAGUCAUCGUCGGCAAGGAAGGCGGCAACUACUGGCUGUCAAAGGGCGGAAGGUGCAGACUUACUUCGGCAGAGCACAUUCGGCCGACCACGGCCGAAGAAGUUGGCGCUCUCUUAGCCAUGAAGGGGACGCAGAGGGAAGUCGAGCGACUACUUGAUCACGACCCGGACGCCGACGAAGUUUACCAGGACGGGGACGACAUGGACUACCUCGACGAGAUCCUUGAAGGGGAGAUGAGUUGGGACGAAGAUGAUGCCCCGGGCGACCCCGGGAACGACGAAGGAGUUGCCCUCGAGCCCCUCCUGGGAGGCGACGGCGGCGAUCUCCCGGAAAAGGAGCUGAAGUGGGCCGAGAUCCCACCUGAAGUUCACGACAAGUUCAGAGAGGCCGAGCGCAAGCAGUGGGAAGAACACCUGUCCUUCGACGCCCUCGAGCCCCUCGGCACCGACGAAAGCGAGCGAGUCCGUCGAGAAGUUCCCGCAGACCGCGUCCUCCGAAGUCGAUGGGCCUACAAGGACAAAAACUGGUCACGACGGCGAGAAGGGGAGGACCUACCGUGGAAGUGCAAGUCGAGGCUGGUCAUCGCAGGUCACACCGACCCAGAUCUUUGCAACGAGGAGAUGCAGCUCAGCACCGAUGCGCCGACUUUAUCCAGAAGUGGAUUGACCUGCAUGCUGCAAAGGACGGCCGAUGGACUUUGUGAAGAAGACCCGUGGGCUUUAUCGGCUGGCGACAUCAGGUGUGCUUUCCUUACCGGCAGUUAUCUGUCGCGCGAGCUCUACAUGCACCAACCGAAGACUGGGCUCCCGGGGAUGCUCCCGGGGCAACUCGUGAAGAUUAAAAAGAAUGUUUUCGGCCUCGCCACGAGUCCUCACACUUGGUGGCAAGACCUUCAGACCGGGAUCUUCGACAUCGAGAUCGAGCUGCCCUUCCUCGACGACAAGGCCACCCACAAGUUCGAGCAGUCGGCCCUAGACCCGUGCAUCUUGUUGCGCCGAGUUCGGAAUGGGAGCUUUGAGGGUGAGCCGGUGGCAUAUCUUGGAUGUCACGUCGAUGACUUGCUCAUCGCCGCCCCUCGCCUACUUCAAGAACGGAUCCAAGAAGCUCUGGCGAACAAGUUCGAAGUGCAGACCUGGGAAGUCGACAAGUUCGAGUUCCUGGGGUCGCAGAUUGCUGUCGAAGGGGACAAGGUGACCAUGACCCAGGUGAAGUACGCGGAGACCCGCCUCUUCACCCUAGACGUGCCAGCUGGACUUGACGAAGGAGAACCUGCUUCCCCCGAACUGGUUAGCGACAACCGAAGCCUGAUCGGUGCACUUUCGUGGAUGAGUGCACAAACCCGUCCCGAUCUGAACUGCGCCGUCAGUAUGGCGCAGCAACUACAGAAGUCGCCCACCAUCGGUGACCUCAAGUUCACUAACGGGAUUGCGGCAAAGGCUCACCAGUUUCGAGACCGUGGGCUGGAGUUCCGGCCCAUACCGAAGGGAAGGCUCAUGAUCAUCGUCUACCACGACGCCGCGUGGGCCAAUGUUCCGGAGCCAGACCCCCAAAAGAGAUACUACGUCCUGACUGUCGCGGAGAACGACCUCGGCCUACAAAAGGAGGGGCCGUACUCGGCCAGCAACCAGCGGAAAGCGAAGAAGGGGAACUCGAAGGUGGCCUCGCAGCUCGGCAUCCUAGUGACCUUCGCGGAUCGUGUCGCCGUCUCUGGACGGGCCUGCGCGGAAGGCCUCGAGACAGGCCAGUACCUGCGAUCCAUGUACGAGUCCCUGGUGAAGGGGACCCUGAUCACGGUCGACCGUGCGGAGCUUCCCAUUCUCUGCUUGAGCGACUGCAGAUCGCUCUACGACCACCUCAAUCGACAAGGCAUACCGCGAGUCCCCAGCGACAAGCGCCUCGCAGUCGACUUGGCAGCGCUACGCCAAGGACUGAGGUCUGAGAAGUGGGGUGAUCGUUUGCCCAUUGCCUGGAUUCCAGGCGCCCUUCAAAGAGGGGAUGUUUUGACGAAGCCACAGAACCCAUCUGAAUGGUGGGACACCGUGGCGGGAUCUCUUUUACUGCCACUUUCUAUCGGGCAGGAAGGGGUUCUGAUCAACAACAGAAAGGUACCCAAAGGCAUUCUGGCGCGAGUCAAGGAAAAGGCGUCCUUCGACGCUCAAGCGUGGCCCCAGUUCGUCGGCAAGCAGCUUGCAGGUAAGAGGGCUAACCCCAUCCGAUACCCGCCAGCCUGGGUGAAGGCCCUUGUCAGGCUUCGUCUCCAGAAUCUCGACAAGGACAAGGUUUCUUUGGUCUCUGUUAGUGAGGUGGAUGUGAACAUUGAUUCGAGGACCUCUUGGGCCAACGAGUGGAAACGGCACGGCUGGCAUGUCCAUCUUAGCCUCCCUGAAAAUGGUGUUUGUAGGGUGGCCCUGCUCAGCAAGAUCCCCUUCAAAGCUGUAAAGUUGCGCGAGGCCGAUGGCUUGUCACGGCAUGCGGCUGCCUUUGUUGACUUGCAGGUUGCCGGCAGAACCAUGUCGGUGCUGUGUGUUGCAGUUUACUUGCAGAGUGGGCAGAUCGCCACUGCCGAUGCCCAAGCCCGUGAUAUCCUGAUCUCGGCCGACUAUUCUGGCAGGCCGUCCCUCCUCUUUGGGGACUGGAAUACCACCCAGGAGGAGGGCUUCAUUGCUGAAACUAUCCAACAUGGUGCCUGUCGCGCUUGUGAUGAGGCGGCUCGUGGCGACCGCUUCCACCUACAGGCCCAAAGCACAAUGGCCGAGGUCGGGUCUCUUUCGGACCAUCGUGUGGCGGUGUACCAGUUUGACGGGGAUGCACCGAACACUUUGGUCACUCCUCCUAGGCGACGGGCUCCCCUUGAGAAUGCCUGUGAUGCUGACUUCGUGUUCCCGGCGGCGGUGGAGAGGCAUUUCCAGGACCUUUUGGACAAGGACCUGGACCACGCGUGGACCUUCAUGUCGGACUAUGCCGAGGACCUCCUUUACCAGCCGGCUGCUGCGGGCCUGGUGCCCAGGUCCGCGGACUGGGCCCCCCGGCCCCCUCCACGGCGCAAAGACACGGAUCAUGAUUUGGAUCAGUCGCCUGGGCUUCGUGCUUUACGACGGCUACUGCCCAAGCUCCAGCUUUGUGCGCUUCGGCCAUGGGAUCGCCCUUUGGUUGUGGCUUGUCAGGCUGCGUGCGCCAAGGCCCGCUCCUACUUUCCUGAUCUUCCCCGGUUGCAAUGUGGCGAUGAGGAGGCGGUGAGGCUCGUGGAGUCCCGUGUCGCCGAGGUGAACAAGGUUGAGCGUGCCCUCCACCUCCGACGAUGGCAAGAUCGCAUGGACCAGGACCUUGGUGCUAUUCGCUCCUACGUCAAACGUCGUGCUGAUGAGCAGCUUGCUUGGGAAGAGGACCCCGAGGACCUCUCAACCGCGUCGGGUGGGUGGCACCCUGCCAUUGCUGUGAAGGAGCAAGCUGAUGAAUGGCUCCGCAAAUGGAAGGAUCUGCAGCGAGCGAUGGCCGCGAUGCGUGGCAAAGGUGGUGGAGUUGAUGGCUGGCUCCGGUCGGAGCUCUUGAAGCUCCCGCUGGCUUGGUUUCGCUGGGCCGCUUCGCUCUGGAAUCGGAUCCUGGUCAUUGGCAAGGUUCCUGCUCAGCGGCGAAAGGCCCGUGUUGCCUUGUUGCGGAAAUCCCGCAGACGGACUCGGCCGAUCACCUUACUGUGUAGCCUUUGGAGAGCCGGCACCAGGGUCAUCCAGGCCCAACUUGGUCCCUGGAUCGACACCUGGGCGGACCACACUGCUGCUGGAGGCCUUCCUGGAACCAGUGUCCAGGCGGCCCUCAUGCAAAUUCGAAAGGCUAUGACCGAUGGUGCUGUGGCUUUCAUCCAGACUGACAUCAAGAGCUCCUUCGACAGCAUCCACAUGGAGGCUUAA